GCGUUAAGAAUAGGAAUAAAAACCUGCUGUUUAUUGGCAAGGCACCACAACGUGUCGACCUAAGCCCUCACCAAGGCCCUUUUGUGUAAUCGUGACUCCCCAGGAGUUGAACCAUGGGGGCUAACCUGCAGCAACACGGCCGAAAUUGAUACCUUGCUUAAUAGUUUUGCCAGGCGUGCGUACGACUGGACAUCCACCGAAAGCCAGACGCGUAUAAGCAGUUGCAGACAUGAUGCUCGGGCAAUCACCUCACCUGAUAGGGGGCAUUCUCUGGAUUCAGAAUCCCAUGCGAGCUGUCCACUGCAACCUGAGCCAGAACGGCAUCGACCACCAGGUGUGCUCGGAGGACAUCACCUCUCAGCUGGAGGAGGAGCCUAUCGAGCAGGAGAGCCUGGGAUUGGACGAGGACAGUAGUCCCACCUUUCCCGAGCGGAGCCCAGCGUUCCAGAGGCGAUCCCCACCCCAGCGGUCUGUCUCAGAAUCAGAACUCUCUAAGCCAGGAAAUGUGAAGCUCUCCAAGCCGGUGGCCCUGUGGACGCAGCAGGACGUCUGCAAGUGGCUGAAGAAGCACUGCCCCAACCAGCACCAGAUCUACAGCGACUCCUUCAAGCAGCACGACAUCACCGGCCGUGCUCUGAUGAGGCUGACGGACAGGAAGCUGGAGCGGAUGGGCAUCAUGCAGGAGGCCCAGAGGCAGCACAUCCUCCAGCAGGUCCUGCAGCUGCGCGUGCGCGAGGAGGUGCGCACUCUACAGCUACUCACACAAGCUUCUCUGGAGAGUUCUCUGGAGUGCUCUCCGUAACCUGCGUCCAGUCCUCCAGGAGAACCCCGGGGGCCAUCACCUGAUCCUGGGGCAAUCUUCCUCUUCAACACCCCCCCCCCCCCUCCAGCCCCCCCACCCAGACUCCCCACCUCACCUUCUCAAGACCUCCUCUACCCGACUAUCUCACUAAUCAACCUCACAAUAUGACCCAUUCCGCUGAGUAACUGAAACUGACGCCAGACUCAAAUACUCCCCCAACCUCAUCCCCCCCCGACCCCCAUUCAGCCUGAUAUCCAAGGUGUAUUGACUUGAACUUUGAGGAAACUACAUUUCCCACAAUCCCCCUUGGCCACACCAGGAAAUUGGGACUACUUGGAUGACAGAUCUCAGGAGUCCGCCUCCUGACAGACGACCCCCCCUAUGGAAGGACAUUGCGUUGGCCUGUCAGACGAAUGCCGACCGUCGCGUCUCGACCUCUCCCGCAGUCUGUUGAAUAUUUUACGCCGUGCACUUUACUGCCCCAUCGCUUUCCUGUCCGUCUGACCGCACCUCUGCUCACCGCCACUGCUCCUGCCCGGUCCUGUCUGUCUAUCUGUCAGUAUGCGCAGCUGAGCAUGCUGCCAUACAAACACACACUCACAACCGCACGCACAUGCAGACUUAUGUACACACACACACACACACAGGGCUGGUGGUGUAUACGUUCCUGGCAAGGCUAGCUAUAUAAACAUUCAUGCUCACUUACACGCAGAAACAUAGAGGUAUACAUAUCCAAAAGCCCCUAAAUCUUCAGACACACACACAUACACACACACACACAUACAACUCUUAUACACGUGCACGCACAUAUUCACAUUCUGAGGGGCCUUCUGACUAAGGUGGGAUAGAGACCGGUGACUUUUUGCUUAAAUUGAUUGCAGAAUUCCAUCCCCUCUUUUGUUUCUUGUUCAUUGUUUUUGUCUAUCUUUCUCUCUCUUUUCUCUCUCUCUCUCUCUCUUUCUCUCUCUCUCUCUCUGUUUGUGUCUCUGGCUUUAUGUGUGGCUUCCAUUAUCUCCUAUGACGUACAUCCUCUAUGUAACAAAAUGUAUAUCCAGUGAUCUCUGUUGGAAAUAUUUGGGUGAAACCUUCCUGUCCUCAGAGCAUAUGAUUGUAUGUGAGUAUGUUGGAAUGACUGUAUGUGUGUGUGUGUGUGUGUGUGGGUGUGUGUGUGUGUGUGUGUGUGUGUUGUGUUUUCCACCCUGUCUUGUGACAGUAUGUGGUAGGUCUCGUUGUACCCCUUAGCCCCCCCACCCCCCACCCCCACCGCAAUCCAAACCCACUCAUCGACUCACACGUACUCAUACAAGCAAAUGCUACUCAUACACACACACACACACACACACACACACACACACAUACAUAUUGUACAUUCUGUCCUUCAGUGUCAGAGAACCUCACAACUGUGACUCAGACCCGUGUGUCUUAAAACAAAGGACCUGCCCUACCACAGGGGGCGCCAUCACCGUUGAACCUCAUGUCCCCUCACACCUCACUCUGCCCAAAGCCAUCGAUAUCUCAAAGUUGCGUCAGCCGUUGACUUCGCUGUUAGAGCGGUCACGUGGUUAGUGGUAGUCUCACUAGUUCCCCUGGUCCCUGGUUUACUACGGGACUGACAGCAGCGAUCACAUUUCUAUUUACGGUAAAUACUCAAUGAAAAUGACUAUAAACUGCAUUGCCACAUACAUAUAUUGCUCACUGAAAAUGCAUUAUUAUGCACACGACCAGAAGUCGUGUAGAAAAGUCUUAUGAUAACACCUGAGAUAUUCAUUCAUUCUCCCGAUGAGAGGAACUACUCAACGACCCAUGACAUACCGGAUGUGCCGCCAUUUUUUGUAGACGGGAGUGAAUGGUUGUGACGCAACUUUGAGAUAUCGAUGGCUUUGGGACAAACCACCUCCCCUCUCUCUCUUUCUUUAUUUGUGUAGAGAGGGGGAUGAGAAAGGGAGGGAUUGAAAACAACAAGAUAGAGAGAAAGAGGGGAGAGUAGAGAAGAAGAAAAUAAUCGGACACCUCUCGACAUGUGCUGUUGUACCUUGCUGCUUGCUCACCGAGGAUUAUUUUCAGGUACAGAAUUUGCCAUUAGUAUCAGGAAAAGAAGGAGAGAAGGAGGAAGAGAGAGAGAGAGAGAGAGAGAGAGA